AUGGGCAUCUCGUUGGAGAGCAGUUCCACAGCAGCCUGCAGUAGCUCUCCGCCAGCGGGAGCUCCAUCCAAGGCAAGGUGGGCUGAUCUCAGCGACGAGGUGGAAGAGGAAAGCUGGCCAGAGCGUGGCUGUGACGAGCUGAAGGGCACCGCAUGUCAGGCAGAGGAAGAUGCGAUGAAUCCGGCCACGGACUCCCAAAGCGUAGACAGCUUUGACAGUUCGAGCCAGGUUCGUCAGCAGCAAGACGUGUCGGAGGCCGCCACCCCCUCGGUGGCACAGGACUCGCAGUGCAGCAAGUCAGACCGACCCAAAACCUUGCUCAGCGCUGCGUACAGAGCCAAAGGACGCGGGUUGCGAUGGACCGCCAAGGUGGCUGAUACUUCUGCAGGGACCUCUCUCGAAGCCCGCUCUCAGCCGGUGAAGGAUCAGUACCCCGCCCAGUACUACGAUCGCUACUAUGACUUGGGUUACUACAGCGAUGCGUACUACUAUGGGAAGGGUGGCCGCAGAAAGGGCUGGAAAGAUUAUGAGCCUACAAACCCAUACGUGGGCGCUUAUGCAGACGAAGUGUCGGGAAGCUAUGCCAUGAAGGGCAAGGGCAUGCGGCAGUCGCAACAGGAUCGGUCAGAUCGAACCCAGUGCAAGAAGCAGUGCCAGUUCAUUAUCGGCAUUGAGGAGGAUCCCAUCUUCCGAGUUGGUCGGCGUUUGUUGGGCCCUAGCGGGUCUCACAUGAAGGCGAUUGCGGCCAAGACAGGCUGCCGACUCCGACUCCGCGGCAAGGGCUCCUGGUUCCUAGAGGGACCAAACCAAGAGGAGUCUUCAGAUCCCCUGAUGCUGUGCGUAAGCUCGCCCACCGAGCCAGAUCACGCGAAGGCGGUGCAGCUCAUUGAGGAGCUGUUGCUGUCGGUGUACGCUGACUUCCGAGACUUCUGCGUGAAGGAGGGAUGGCCGGUGCAGGACCUGCAAAUCCGCCGCAAUGAGGGAGCCCGGAGGGGCGCCCGGUGA